UAAUUUAAUACUAACUGAUUUAGCUAUGUAUUUUGACAAACAUUUUUAUAUUUUUAACCUAACUUAAGAAAACUUCGUAAAAAUUGUCAUGUGCUGUAAAAAUUUUCUAUGAAAUGAGGAUACACUAUGAAUUUUAAAAUUAUUUGGUUUAUACUCAUUCUUGAGUGCCAUCGGGCAUUUGCUAAAGGCCUUGGUCCUUUGAUCCUUGAGGCACACAAUCGAAGAAGAGCGAAGUACGGACACCAACCUAUGACUUUGGAUGAGAAGCUCAGUGAAGGGUGUAAAAAACACGCAGAGAAAAUAAUUGACGAUAGAAGCCUUGUCGGACCGCCUGAUGUGGGAGACGAUCCUCUACAUGGAAUGGGUCCUAUUGAUGGAAAAUAUACCCAAAACAUUUGCAUUUUUCGAAAUGCCUUGCCAAGGAGCUGUGUUCGCGAGUGGUUUCACUACAGAGGCUAUGAUGAUGACUGGAAAUAUUACCAAUUUACCGCCAUGAUUUGGAACGCCUCCACAAACCUUGGCGUUGGUGUGGCUAAAAGAAAGCAAACGCGUUGUCUAGUGGUAAGGUAUGUUCCACCUGGCAAUAUCCUCAAAGAAAUGAGAUACAAUGUACCAAGUCGUAUCAAGGAUCCUUGGGAUGAAGAAGAGGCGUUCGAAGGCCUUGGCACGGAUGAGGAGGACGAAGAUCCAGACGCUGUAACUAAUUCGGAUGGCUCUUGCAUGUUAUUUGAUAACUGCGCUUUUUUUCUAUGGUAUGUUUUGAUAAUUGUGUUUGUGUGGUAGUUAAUUCAUUUACUUGAAUUAACAAAAUCGCAUUACACCUCCAAAAUUUUGUAAUGUCUUUUACAUAUUUAUUGACUUUCAGUGUCUUAUAGUAUUAUCUGCAAAGAUUUUUGGCUAAAAAAUAGUGUUGUAAAAAUAAAGCUUGAAUAUAACGUAAA